UGCUCUCUGCCGCCUUGGAACACUAAACAUUUCUCAUGUUUUCCUGUUGUUCUGACGGAUAAUCUCAACACGACAUGGAGGCGUUCAGCCAGAUGAUGCUGGGGUAUCCCGAGCUGAUGUACGGAGGAGUGGGAGUUACUGCGUUUGCCGCCGGUGGAGCGCUGAUAUAUAAAAUCGCUACCAGAAAGAAGCCGACCCAUGCAAGUGUGAACUGCUGGUUCUGUGAUGAGAACACAGUGGUGCCCUACGGCAACAAAAACUGCUGGGACUGUCCCAGCUGUGACCAGUACAAUGGCUUCCAGGAGAAUGGAGAUUACAACAAAUCCAUCCCAGCUCAGCACAAAGCAGAUCUAAACUAUGCAGUAUCUGGAAGCAUUCACUCACCUGAGACCCUCAAGACACAGCAGUUUGUCAACUGUCAGAUGCUGUUGUGCAAGAAGUGCAAUAACAACCAGUCUUUAAAGAUCAAGCAGCUGGCGUCGUUUAUCCCAAGGGAUGAUGAAAACUAUGAUGAUGAAAUUGAAGCCUACAAGCACCACCUGGAGCAGACCUAUAAGUUAUGCCGGCCAUGUCAGACUGCAGUGGAGUACUACAUUAAAUAUCAAAACCGCCAGCUACGUACAGUGCUCCUGAACCAUCAGCUCCGACACACCCGAGACCCCGUCAAGAGCUUUGAAAAGACCUCCUAUCCCCCGUCUUCUCCCAUGGGAGUCACGCUGUUGCGGGCUCUCGCCUUCCUGCUCUGUGCUUUCCUAGUCGCCACAUCUUUCUGUGAAUUUCCAGACCAGCUUCUUUCACCUAGUGCCCCACAGACAUUAAGUGGUGGUGUCACUCCAAAACCCGUACAUGAAUCCACCACCAAAAAUGAGAGCAGUGGAGACGCAACUGUUUGGCAGGAUCUCCUGGAGCUGAUCCCAAACGCUACCAUAGAAGAUGCCAAGCUGGUGUGGCAACAUGGAAAGGAAAACCAGCUGGCUGUGGUCUCUGUUGGCCUAUUGACUUGCCUCACGUCUAUCUUCUUAGCAGGACCUGCAUGGCUGAGGAGAAUCGAUGCUGUGGCCUCUGUCCUAUGGUUCCUCCUCCUGUGCGUCUACCUGGCUGAGAGCUACUUGUCUGAUGUCUCGACCUGGACGGACAUGGCAAAGCACUGUAUCAUCUCUGUCUGUUGCCUUGUCAGCUUUGCUGCUGCUGUGACAACUCGCAAACCACAGGGUCUACGAAGAGGCAAAUAUCGAAGAUACCUUGCAGGCAGCUCUGCGACGCCCCCUUUCACCAGCCAGCUUCCUCUGCUCGCACCUGACCUGGCUGAGUCCUUCAUCCCCACCCCGCCCCCGAACCUCUCCAAGCUCUUCAGCUGCCAACAAAGUCGUCGCCUGUGCAAAGAUUCCCCUUCCUCUCUGCCUGGGCGCCUCAGCAGGGCCCUCUGCCUCGGCACCAUCCCCUCCUUCAAACGGACAGAUUCUGGUUACCUGUUUAGUGGAAGCAAACCAGCCUCACAAUAUAAAGACUCCCCGCCUUCAGACUACUUUUCACUGAAGUCUGGGAGCCGCCCAUCAUCUCCCAGUCCAUCUCCCACUCCUUCAAUAGCUGGGUCAUGCACAUCCAGUCUUUGUUCUGCCAGACAGCGCCGCCCUCUCAUCAGCCCUGCUCGCCUCAACAUCUGCACUCAGAAAAUGUGGCUUUUCACAACGGAGUCAGAACCUAGGCAUUCACCCCCGCCCACGUCUCCUCUAUAUUCUACUGUAGGACCGGCCUCUCCUCUUUACAGUGGCUGCUUUUCACCUGACACAUCACCCUUCCAAAGCCUGAGUGAUUUGAGUGCGAGAGACAACAGUGUCAUUGAUGAGGAAGAGAGGAGCGAGAAAUGCAGCUCGUCAGGUUCUUCUGCCUGUGUGGUCGGCACGACAACUCAGGACCCGGAGAGCACUCCUCCACCGACAGGUUUACUGAAGCGUCUUCUUGUCCCGGGGCUGUUAACAGUGAGCCUGACCAGCAACCUGGUAUUUGCCGGCCUUUGUAUCUACUACUUCUGGAGAUGAUUUAUGUCCCACUUCCUCUGCAUUGGCCCUACCCCGAGAUAUGAAGUUCCCCGGCCUAAGAGUGUCUCCCACCAAACAGCCACAAGGGAGAGGGCUAGAAUAUGGAGCUAAAUUCAUGCCAAAACUUAACCAAAAAAGGAGCUGUAUUUUAAACACUGUGUGGUUUGCUAAUACACAACCCCAUUAACAAACUAAUGCAUUUUGUUUCGCCGAUCCAAAACACACCGGACAAGCAAAUACACUACAUAUUUCUAACAAAUGAUGUUUCAGAAACAAAUAGCUUUCUGCAUUUUAUACAAAACGUCAAGUAAAGUGUCACACAAAAUAUCACGGAACUUUUUGUCACAGUUUUCAGGCGUUGUGUCAUGUUGAUGAUUUUCUCACAGAUGUUCAAACCAGCUGCUGAUUGUAUCUCCGUAGUCAAACCAGUCGCCUCUAAAUUUGGAGUCUGCCAGUAAUCUGAUAUUUACGCUACAUGUUGAAACGUCCCAGAGCAGCUUAUGUCAGUCUCUAAAUUACAGUAUAUCAAUCAGGAUUCUGCCUAUUCAUUCCAUAUCACAUUUGGACUUAUUGGCUGAAUUUUGUUUGAUAUAAGGUAAUAUAGCAGUGGUUCAGUCCGAAACUACGCAGUAACAGUACUUCAUAGAAUUUGUACAAAUGGUAUGAAAUCUUCUUAUUGCAAGAACAUGAAGCUCAUAAACUACCAAUGGAAGAAAUAGGACCGUCCGCUAUCAGAGGAGAUAAUAUCAGACGUGGAUUCACUUCAAGUUACAGUUGUGGGACUUCGAAGUGGAAAUUUCUAUAAAUUCAUUAACUAUUCAAAUUAAUUGGGUGUAUUAUUUAUAUGAGAUACAUAUAUGCAAAUAUAAGCAGAUUUUCAUAUGUAUUUUGUAUCUGCUCUUUUAACGUUAUAUUGAAAACUUGAGGUGGUCGCUUGAUUCUAUUUGUGAAACAAAAUGCAUUAGUUUGUUAAUGGGGUUUUGUAUUUGCAAAUUAAACUGUGAACGGUAGGGAAGUUGUCCAACCUGGUUUGUUAAGUUUUGGUAUGAAUUUAGCUCAAACGCAUAGGAAUUGAAAGACGACUCACUACGUCAUCAAAAGCCAACCAAAGUUAAUAUAGUGACAAACAAUAUCCACCAACCUUUUAAUAGGGAUUCAUCUGAAAACGGCAGGGAUGACAGGACAGAUUGAUCUAUUGAUCAAUAGUCAGUCUGCCUUUUUUUUGGUUGUUUCAACGUAAUGAUAGUCCUGUCCAUAGAAACUGAAAACAUUAUAGCAUUUCAAACUUUACAUACAGGACACGGGAGUAACGCAUGUAACUUACACUCAGACUGUUAACAUGCUUGUUGUGAACUUAUGAAAAGUGACUAAUACAUUUUUUAUUUGGUACUAGAUAAAAAUUAGAUAUUCCACAUUUUGCAAGAUUUAAUACUUACAUUUACGGCCACACACAAAAACAAAGGGGUAGGGAGAAGUGGCAGAGCUACGUGAAAUUGGUUCAGGGCUUAAAUAUGGGUCUGCUGCUGUCAUAUCUUUAGACAGAGAGGUCGUUCAGCAAUUUCCGGACACAUCAGAUCCGGGCAAUUACUUGUCUGUUGGUGUUAAUCCAAAAUACAGACGUCAGCCGAUGGAUUUCAAUAAAUCAGAUUGAAGUGACAAGAAAACUACGGAAAUGAAAUAUUGCGCUUUGAAUCUAUUAAUGGCUUGAAAAUACUUUUGGCUUUUGUCAACUCUCUUAAUUAUGACAGCUGGUACGUUUUGGAGAAGUUUAGAGUUUUCUCUAUGUAGGGAACCAGGCCAAAUAGAGAUGUCUCUAAUAUAAGCCUGCCCAAACAAGUGAGACUUUUAUCUAGAGAAUUUACAAUAUACUGAUUGGGAUGAGUGCAUUAUUUCUCCCUAAUGAACAACACUUCUAUUACUGUACAGCAGCCAAAACAUUGGAGAGCAUUCAGCAGCAUGUCACAUUUGUGUUGUGGGUUUUGCAUUUUUUACAAGUUGUACAUAUUUUCACUUUGUAAAGUCAGGAUGAUACAGCAGUGGUGUUUGCGAUUGUCUUUCUAUGUACAGGCGGGUUACGAGUUAAAGGUAAAACCAACAUGAAGUGUCUUAGUAAGGUGCCGCAGACCAUGACUGGAUGUUAAUUCCCUAAUUGUAUCAUGCAGUACUGCUGUGUGGAAGCAUCUUCAUUCACUGUUUCUCCACAUGUUUAGUCAGGUUUUUUAUUUGAAUCCAUCACCAGUGUAUCUGAUUCUACCCUGUUAUUUUGUUUCAUGGUUUACAGUCAAGAUUUUUGAUAUCAGGGUCAUUUAGAUCUCAACACGUCACAGGAACAGAAACUCUUCUUUCAUCAAACUAUUUGAAUCUCUGAUAUGUUCAUUAGUUUGUAAAAGUGACAAAGCCCCCAUGGUCAAGUGCAAUAUUUACAAAAUGUAUUUUUCGUAAUUUAUAUUAAAUCACAUCUACUUGAAAAAGUGAACAGACUGUAAAAUGUACACAGACUUUUCGUAAAACUUUAAACUCUACACAUCAAAUCUGGUAGAUUGUUGCACUUGUGUUUUCUGAAGUGUUUUUUUUGUGCGCUUGGUUGUGUUUUUUUGUUGUCAUUUUGAAUGCGUCAAAUCAAAUGUAUGAAUCAAUUGUCAUAUGAUUUAUUGUUUGCGUCAAUGCCAAACAUGUUUUACAAAAAGUUGUACGCUUGUAAAAUGUGUGUAAACAGGAUACAGUGAGCUUGUUUCCCAUGUCAAACAUUGUAUGUUGUUGUUUUGGGUGUUUAUUUUCUCAUUCAGAGUUUUUUAUUGUCGAAUAACCAUGCACGUGGUUUUAAAGUCGAGAAUAAUAACUGAGACGAAUGUAUAAACAAAAGAAAAACUAAAAUAUUUGUGAGAAGAACUUACUACUGAAAGACUGUUAACUCAAACUCAAUUAGUCAACCUUGCAAUUAAUAAUGUUUUAUUUAGUUUUUUAAAGCUAAUACAACCUUUCAACUUAAUGGAUGCAAACUUGUGAGUGAUGUGUAACCUGCUGUAGGUUUAUGUUUCUCCUCUGAAGGGGCUCAUUCAUUGAAAGUUGGUGUACAUGUUGAAGUGUAACUGUUCUGUCGUGCUUAACUCCUGAAUGAGACAAACCUCAUGGUUCACUCUCAGAAAUUUAUUUUUGAAUUUGUAUUUAUUUUUAAAAUUGUAUUUAACGUGUAAUUAAGACAUUGUAGGUCUUAUGAUGAUGUGUGUGAUCACAUCACUGUUAAGUUAAAUCAAGGUUGUUCCUUUCACGGUUUUUGACAGGAGGUAUGAAUAAAUGUUCUCUGUUGAUAUUUUCACUAAUUGUUUGAAGGUUUAUUACGAUGUCCAGUGCAAAUGUUUUUCUGCCGAAGCUGUUUAGUCUGUGUGAUUGUAAGAAACAACAUUGGCUUGUUUCAUUUGGACCAAUACUUUUUAAAUAAAGUGUUAUAUUUUUA